AUGGGUAUCGAUCUCGACCGCCAUCACGUCAAGGACAGCCAUCGCAAGGCUCCCAAGAGCGACAAUGUCUACCUCAAGCUCUUGGUGAAGCUGUACCGAUUCCUUGCCCGUCGCACAGAUGCCAACUUCAACAAAGUAGUCCUUCGCCGACUGUUCAUGUCAAGAAUCAACCGACCUCCCGUUUCGAUUUCCAGAAUUGUCGCAAAGACCGGCACCGAGACUGCUCAAAAGGCCUACAAGGGUCAGACUGUCGCUAUUGUCGGCACUGUCACCGAUGACAACCGUCUUCUGACAGUCCCCAAGCUGUCUGUCGCUGCCCUCCGCUUCACUGCGUCUGCUCGCGCUCGCAUCGAGGCUGCAGGCGGUGAGUGCUUGACCUUCGAUCAACUCGCCCUCCAGCACCCCACUGGUAGCAACGUCGUCCUCCUCCGUGGCCCCAAGAACGCCCGGGAGGCUGUCAAGCACUUCGGCAUGGGUCCCCACAAGGGCAAGAAGCCAUACAUCGAGAGCAAGGGUCGCAAGUUCGAGCGUGGUCGUGGUCGCAGACGAUCCAAGGGUUUCAAGGUGUAA